UGUGGCAUAGACUGGAUUGUGUUCAAAGUUUACGCAGUUGCAGGUUUUGAUGUUGUAUAUGAUAGAAUUAUAAAACAUGGGUUUUGUACAUUAACUGUACUCGCUUUUUGUUAUAUAUUUAACCCUACUGUGGGGCAAAAUAAUUCGUUUUAUACGUUUAAAUUUCAUCUGUAAAGUAUUACAUUUACAAGUACUAGAGAUAGUGAAACUGGGACAAUGUACUCUUUACGGAAAUGGUUUUACAGACCAAAGAAAGAAGACAAUUCCAUCUUGGCUAGGUUCUUCUGGGCAGAUGAAGAAUUGAAUCAGGUAGCUACAGAAUUGGACAGUUUUGAUGGGCGUAAGGAACCAGAGAGAUGUUCAGCUCUGGUAAACCAACUGCGGGCUUGCCAAGAUAAGGUUUUGAAUAUCUGUCAGGACAUAAUGGAUGAAGCUAUUCCACACCUCCGAGCUAAUCGAGACUUUAGAUCAAAAUUUCCAGAUGAAGUACUCCAGGAAAACCUAGCUGGUCAACUUUGGUUUGGAGCAGAGUGCUUGGCAGCUGGAUCUAACAUCUUGAACCGGGAGAUUGAAAGUGCCAGCAUAAGACCACUAGCCAAAGCUGUCACUUGCUCCCUAGACAGCAUUCGAUGCUUAUUAAGGGAACAGUGUCUGAGAAACACUCCCGGGUAUUCGGAGAGGGUUAUGGAAGCCCUGAGGACAUUUGAUAGACUCUAUGCUGAAUUUGAACUGAGCUAUGUCAGUGCUAUGGUCCCAGUAAAGACUGCUAAAGAAUAUCAUCUUCAACAAGAAGUAACAAUUCUCUUUUCAGAAACCCUUCAAAGGGCAUUAAAGAUUGGUUUAAUAAAUCAAGAUCUUGUUGAUGACUGUGAUCCAUCUUUGAUGUUUACUAUCCCUCGUCUGGCUAUCACCUGUGGGCUCCUGAUUUAUCCUGAUGGCCCUCUAAAUGUAGAUGGUGAUCCAUCUGAGAUGUCAGAACUUUUUAAACCAUUCUACACUCUUUUAUAUAAAAUUAGGGAACUUUUGUGUACACUGUCAAAGGCUGAACUUCAUCUUCUGGAGCGCACUCUCUGUUCUCUUGAUGAUCCUGAUUGCAUAUUAUCUUCAGAUCUGAGUUAUUGUGAAGAAGGAUUUUCUUUUCUUUCAGAAAGUUAUUUUGGCAAAACAUAUGAAAACUGUAAACAGUUUAUUAGAGACUUCUAUUUGUUCAACUUUGGUCAACUUCCCACAGAAAUUAGUGAACAACAAAACAUUAGUGCAGAGGAACCUGAAUCUUUUCUUCCCCAUGAUUCGUCUCCCAGAGCUACUGCAUCAAGUACUUCAAGUUUUAAAUCUCUCAGUUCAAGCAGCCAUAGUGUGAUACUUAUCACAGAAGAGAUGAGUCAGGAUGAAGAUGUCUUCCAAAAUGGUGAUGAUGGGUUUUCUUUUGAAGUAAAUGUAACUGAAAAUAAUUUUUUAGGGAGAAUUAUAGAAGACAAGGCUCAGAUAGUCUAAAAAAGUUUUGAUGACACUCAUCAAAGUGAUUUCUGUGUAUGUGAAGGUCAAGUCAUAGAUAAAAGUGAAAAUGGUGCUUGUGCUGUUGAAACUGAUGAAUUAGGCUUGUGUGAUUCUGACUUUGAUAACAAUAACAAUAAUGUAUCUGCUCAUCAAACUGGGUAUUGUAUAUCUCAAGUACUGUCACAUUUGGACAUUCCAGAUUUACCUUCAGUUUUGGAAGAAUCAAAUUCAGUUCCUGGGUCUUCCUCGAGAUCUUUACCUAAUGAUGUGUACAUAAAAAAUAGAUUAGCUAAGAACUCUAACCAUCAGUCUGCUGGCCACAAUAGGUUUGCUUCUCAUAGUUUACAUCACCAAAAAUCAAACAUGGGACAAGUGAUGUGUACAUCUCUCUCUGAAGCUGGUACAAUGUCUGCUUGUUCUCUUACACACAAUCCAAAUCAUGCUAUUAGUUAUUCUCAGUGUAAAUGUGAUAACCAGGAUAACUCAGACUAUAAGAGAAGUUCACCCUUAGUGAUUUCAGAAGUAUGCAAACUCAGACAGGAGACUGGAGGUCAUCUUCCUUCAUCAUGUUCCUCCUGCUCAAUUGGUCAUAGCAUUACAAGUGUUUCUAGCUCUGACUGGGAAACAAGCAGCACAGGGACAAACUCCCACCAUUCUGCUGGCCAGGAUGAUGAAGAGAUUUCACUGGCUCUCCAGGAGCAAGAGAUAGCAUUCCACAAUCAAACACGGGCUCACUUCAAGAACAGUACUGAGUUAAUACAUAGAUUAUUUGUCUGUAUCUCAGGUGUAGCAGACCAGCUUCAAACUAAUUAUGCCAGUGAUCUGAGAAACAUCCUUAAGUGUGUUUUUGACAUAAACUGUACAAAAACAACCCCUGAAUCAAGUAAUUCAAGAUGUGACAACUUGCAGUGUAACACUAAUUUGUCUGAAAGUUGUGAAGUCAGUAUUCCUAACAGUGAAAUUACAGCUGUCAAUAUAGGAAAUGAAGAACUUGAUAUCCUUGUGGAUCAUGAGGAGAUUGUUGCACAAAAUUUGAAUAGAUGCUUAAACUCUGAUAAUUACUCUAUAUCUGUCCCUGAAACUCAGGACAAUGUUGACAGAGCAGAAGAGGUUGUUCCUGAACACCUUAUAAUUGAAUCUAGAUAUACUGGUCAGCUUGGUACUCGAUUUCAGUCUCACUUCCAGCAACCAGCACCUAAUUGUGAAGGACCUCCAGUGUGGCUACCUGACUUUAUAACAGAACACUGUAUGGCAUGUCUAGCAACAUUUACAUUAAUUAGGAGAAGACAUCACUGUCGAAACUGUGGAAAGAUCUUUUGUUCACGCUGUAGUGCUAACUUUGUUCCAUUACCACAGUAUGGCAUAACCAAACCUGUUCGUGUCUGUAAUGGUUGUUUCGUUUAUCAAGUAACAGGAUUAAUGGUUCAACAACAGGUCUGACAAGAGUGAAAGAGAGGCUUACUUAAAGUUAUCAUAAGAGAGAGAGAGAGAAAAUAUGUACUUCAUUCUUCUUAAGUGUCAAAAAUAUUAAGCUCAUAUGAGAAUUGAAAUCUGUAUGUUAAAAAUUAAAUAGAUUUAUCUUGUAAAUUUCUGCUUGUAUUUUCAAUAUUAUUUAAAUGUUUGUUUUUAGUUGAAAAGCAACUGCUCUUCCACUUGGUCACAGUUCUUGAAAUACAAAAUACUAAUCUCCAUUUUAACACUUUUUUUCUUCAUUAUAAAUAUUUGUUGAAUGGAGAUAAUAAUUUUGUAUUAAAUAUUUGUUUAGGAAAUUAAAUUGGUGUACAGUCUGCAAUAUAAACCAAGUGCAUGGUAAAAUUGAUAAUUCCAGUCCUAUUGUCAAAGUGGGAAUGUAUAUAAAAAAAAAUAAAUUGGUAUUUUUGUGAUUUUAUAAUUCUCGUACCAUUUUUCAUAAUUUUGAAAUUACAGUUUAUUGAAAGUGAAAUUUUCAUCUAAAUAAUAUAUAGGAAAUAUAUUGCAUUGCUUUUCAAUACUAAAUUGAGUUCAUAUGUGCAUUAUGCUCACGUGUUAAGAGAUUUAAUUGCAUUGCUUUUCAUUUGUACGACUGAAUCUUGAAGGCUAUAAUUAAAAUAUUUAGUAUACCUAUGAUACUUGUAUAUUAAACUUUCCAAUAUAUAAUAUGGGAAAUAAAAAUUUUCAUAAACCUAUUGAAAAAAUACAGUGUUAGAGUUAAAAAUUUUCUUUAAAGAAAGUUUACUCUAAAAAGUUAAAAUUGGAGAGCACAUUGAUUGUGAAAUAAUGCGACUCUUAAAGAAAUAAACAUUCUUCUUAUGAUCCCAAUAGCUAGAGUAAUAUUAUUUCACCUUUAAAAUGUUUUGGAUACUUUUCAGAGACAUACCCAGAUAUUUAUCUUUUUGUAAGUGUGGACCAAACCAUAGACUUUCAUAGCAGCUUGUCUUUCUCUUUAUGUUCUUUGAAUACUUGUGUUUUGAUCAGCCUAAACAAAUCUUUUUGUUGUUGUUUUUUCUUGUAUCAUUGAGACCUUUCUGAAUUUUAAACUUCAGAGAUUACGUGUUUGUUGCAUAGUAAGAUUAAUUGUAUUUUAAGAAUGAUUAUGUAACACUUAUGUAUAAAAGAUUUGCAGCUGAUAAAAUGUUACCUGAGAUUUGUGUUGGGUUGGAAGUAAAGUAUAAUUUAGAUAUGGCCUGGAAAUAUUGAUGCUUUUGCAUAUUUUGCUUAAGUGAAAUAAAUGGAAACAAGUACCAAGAGUGUCUGGAAUUUUUCUUUUAACUAUUGUGAUGAGAUUUUUUAUUGGACAGUUUGUUUUUUCAGCUUUUUACUGGAAAGAAGUUUUUGUUCAAUUACAAAUAAAGCCAUGUUUUUAACAGCAUGAAAGCCAGUUACUAUUGCAAUAUAGUAUUCAUUUAUCAAAAGUUACAUAUUUUGUUUGUUUAAGGUUACUUGUAAAUAGUUUAAUUAUAAAAACGUGGAUACCUGUAUUAUGAAAUUACAAACACAUUGUAUGUAUCUACCCACCAUGAGUAAUAGUUAUAUCCUUAUUUUCUGACUGUGAUGGAUUUUACUCACUCAGCAGCUCUGUAUAAAAUUGCAUAAAUCUUACUUUAUGAUGUUUAUAAGUAAAAUUUUUCAUUAGGUUCUACUUUUCCACUCAAUAAUCUUUUUGUUGAUUUACACUGAAAAUAAGUGUAUAUACAAAACAUAUUACAUCUGUUGUAUUAUUUUAAAUGUUUCAGAAAUAUCUUAUUGUAAGGUAGUUGCUGUGGAAAGUUUAAAAAAAUCUACGUUUAUUGUUAAACCUUGAAAACCAUUCUUAAGGAAGUGAGUGUCCUAACUUUCAGUAAGCAAGCUGAGUAUUUUUGUAUAGUUUUUAUUGCUUAGGCAUGAUUAUCAUUUGCUAAGUUUCUGAUUGUCAAAUUGAAAAAUAAAUGAUAUUGAAGUCUAUAUUAUGAUAACCUGUUUCAAAGUUUUUAACUUGCAAGUGUAUGUUUUGCUUAUAGAAUGUUGUGAAACUUGUAAAAGAAAGUACUCUUCUUAUGAAUACAAGAAUAACAGCACAAACAUCUUCAUUUCAAGUUAUGUAAUUAGAUAACAGAGGCUAUACAUAGCUGUUGUCAGUCUUCCCAAUAUUACAGAUGUUACAUAAUUAAGGACCUGGCAGUUGGGGAGACAUUUUAAGUAUGAUGUACAAUUUAUUGUACACAAAAUAUCAGAUGUUAUAAAAGUGUUUGUACUUAAGAUUUGUGAAUUGACAAUAUCAGUCUGACUCGGAUUCUGAGAAGUUGGAGUGCAAGGUUAUGUUCAUGUGAAGAAUAAAGAUACUUUUGUCUAUCA